AUGAAUAUGCUUAGUAAGGAAUUAAGGGACAAUGGGAGCGAGGGCGACAGCGGCAAUGCUGGCCAAAAGGAGGACGAGACGAAGGAUGGGAAGGACCAGACUGCAGACUCUGGCGACCGACAGCGAAUAUGCAGCAGCAGGGAAGGCUCGUGA